AUGUCUACUUCAAAACAAGCAGUUAAUGAGACUACAAAAUGGAGCCAAGCAAAUGUAGACACCCUUAUUGUUCUGAUGGUAGAGGAAGUUAAGAAAGGAAAUAGGACUACUUCGACUUUUAAUAAAGCUGGUUGGAACAACAUUGCCAAUAACUUCAAAGAAAAAACUGGGGUCAACUAUGCCAUUGUACAGUUGAAGAACAAAGUGAACAAACUAAGGCAGGAUUAUAGUCAGUUUAAGAAGCUAUUGGAGACAACUGGUUUUGGUUGGGAUACUGCUUCAAGAACUUGUACUGUUGAUGAUGAAUCCAUCUGGGAAUCGCAUAUUAAGGAUAACCCUACUUGGGCACGAUUUAAGAAGCACGGACUACCACAAUGGCCAGAACUAUGUAUGGUAUUUGGUGAUACAUAUGCAGACGGCGAAGGAAGUGGGACUCAAACAACCAUGUUGGAAACUUUGGGGGCCAAUGAAGCUAGGAUUAUGAUUGAGUCUUGUGAUGAGUCAAGUUCCGCUGAUGAAGUUACUCCAUUAGUAUUUGAUGUCCUGAAUAUUUGA